AUUAAACUGUAUUGUAUUUAUAGGCAUUUGCAGUUUAAUGAACCACCAGUUAAUGGAGAUGAACAGAAAGCUCCUCACGGUAUGGAAGAAUUCAUCAGUCUCAAAAAUGCAGCAAAACUAGGAAAAGUUAAAAAAAGAAAGAAGAAGAAGAAGACAUAUAAGAAUGAUUUUAUUGUUGUGAAAAAUGAGAUUGUUGAAGAUAAAGGUGGUGUUGGAGCUGCAAAAAUUCUGAAACAGAGCAAAAAUGAAAAUGAACAUCAGUUUAUCAAUCGACUGCAGCGAAUGGCUGACAAAGCAAUAGCAGAAGCAAAAGUUGAAGAGAAAUAUAAUAUUAAACUAGUCAGUGUUGAUAAGGAUGGAAAUGCUAAGUAUAAAUCACUGGAUGACGAAAACAAUGAAACAAAAAAGACACAAAAACGCAAGAAAUACAGAGAGAGACUUAAAGAGAAAAAGAAACUGAAAGCGGAUGAUAAAGAGUUUGAAUUUAAGAAGGAUCAUAUACCAUUUGGAGAUGUUGUGAUGGCACCGCCCACUCUAUCUGCUAAAUCCAGAAGUGCCUUUGCAUUGCCAAAAAAAAAUCAAGAAAUACAAAAGCCUCAAAAUGACAGGACUAAUGAAGCACAGAGUUCUCUGGUGACGACUAAAAUGAAAGAUAUGACUCCAGACAGAAGAAAGGAACUCGAAAACGAGAGGUCCCGAGCUGUUCAAAUGUAUCGUUUGUUGAAGAGCAAGAAAUACUCUUUAAGUAGUUAAAACAAAAUCAAAUAAUUUAUUCUAAACUUUGUGAUAAAUAAACAACAGUUUACAUAAA